AUGUCGGGCGAAGCAUGGUUAUACCUGCUCGCGGUACUCAUCAAUGCUGUCAACCUCUUUCUCCAGGUCUUCUUCACCAUCAUGUACAGCGACUUGGAAUGCGACUACAUCAACCCGAUUGACCUCUGCAACCGUCUCAACACAUACAUUGUCCCAGAAGCCGCUGUACACGCUUUCCUGACGUUCUUGUUCUUGAUUAAUGGAUACUGGCUCGCGCUUGUUCUGAACCUGCCGCUGCUAGCAUUCAAUGCCAAAAAAAUUAUAGAGAACCAGCAUUUACUUGACGCUACCGAGAUCUUCCGAAAGCUGAACGUGCAUAAGAAGGAAUCAUUCAUCAAGCUUGGGUUUCAUCUGAUCAUGUUCUUCUUUUACCUGUACAGCAUGAUUGUGGCACUCAUUCGCGAUGAGUCGACCUAG